UUGAAUCCGAGGCAACCAAAACCAAACAAAGAUGGCGGCCGUGAAAACAAAAAUUUACUCAAAACGGCCAAAAAAACGAGCUGCGAAUAUGUGCUCUAGAGAUGAUGCCUAAAUAUUGCACUGGGAAGCUUAUGUAAUCAUUUAUGAUGUCAUUUGGUGGGAAAUCAUUCAAAAAAAAUCAAAUCAAGAAAGAACUUGAGCUACUGGCCAAGAUUUCACACGAUGAAUUUUCUUCUCUUCCACCUGGAGAAAAGGCUGCUAUUAGGGAACAGUCCUAUAAGAAUCAAUCGUACAAAAGGACGAAAGGGAAGAAGAUAAAGCCCAGAGAUAUUGGAAUGUUGGACGACAGGAGUUAUGUUUUUCCUUCAAGUCCAUCGAUCGAUCUUGGACCAGAAAUGCGUGAGAGUGUUGAUCUGCAGGGUGAACCAGAAGUACCAAUUACUAACACUAGAGUAGCAUCCAUUAAAUCAAACGUAGACCUCAAUGUUGUCAUGCAAGGCAAAGGAAUUAAAGAGAAAAGUGAAGAGUUAUCUGGAAUCGUGGCCGUUAACACAUCCAAACAUAGUCAGAGAGCUUCUGCAGGCAGGUGCAAAUCUUCUCUUCGAACUUUGAGUGCAAAUAAAGAAACCUCUUCUCCAACACCUGAAAACAUCACUCUUCCAAAACCUGCCAUUCUAAGUUCACAAAACUCAGCUCUACCAGUCCACCUGACAGAAAGACCAGCUCCAAAACCUGUUAGUGUUACAAGACCAGCAUCAAAAAUAUCAACAGGUAGAAGGUCUGUCAAGAGUCGUGCUAGUCACACACAAACACCAAGUGGAUUGAGUGAGCAUCCUUGCCAGGAAGAAACUGAUAACACAAACCUGUUGAUGGAAGAAACAGAGAAAGAAGAAGAUAUCUUAUUCUCUGAAGAAGGGGAAGAGAAAGAACAGGAUACCAACAAGAACAUAAUUGAAGAAAUCCAUUAUGAAGAAGAUGAAGAAGAAUAUGGCAAUGAAGAAGAAGAAGAAGAAGAGCUGUCCAGUGAGCAGGAUGAUCGGCCUGAUAUUCUGGAAGAACAAGAUCAUGAAAAUCCUUCUGAUAAAAUUCACUCUUCAAUUCAAGCAUUAACACAAUCCUUGAUGGGAAGAAGUAGUGAUAUCAUGAGCAUGUUACAAGCAUCAACCGAAAUGAUUGACAGCAAAUCUUCUGCAGUUGAUAUUGACAAACAACAUUUUAAAGAUUCUACAUCCAAUCUUAAGUUUUUGAAUUCAAGUACUGCUGACUUAAGCUUUUCAGUGAUGGGUAAUAAUAAAUCUGUAUCACAAACAUUCCAACAUUCUCCUGGUGCAGAACAGCAGCCUACUGAUGAGGGGUCAACACAGAAAAAUUUACAGACUGAAACCAAGACACAGUUGAGUCCAGUUAAGAUUGCACCUGAAUCUAGACCUGGAAUAGGUACCUCCUCUACGAGGGAGUGGCCAGGUUUGUUGACACUUGAUUCACAGCCAACCAGUCUUACCGAUGAAGAAGCCAAAGAGAUAUUGGAGUGUGCAACCAAAGUAGAAUCAGAGGAUAUAUUGAAUGUACAAGGCUCUCUGGCUAACCUUAGUGAAAAAGAGCAAGUUAUUCCAGUCAACAGUGUUAAUAAUACAUCAAGCAUGCUGAAAACAAGGCCAAGGAGAGUAAAAGAUGUCACAUUUCUUGGGUCAUGGCCUGAGAAAAAGGUUACUCCAGAUCAUAAUAUUCACCAUUUCUGUAAAAUGGCAACUACAAUGGAGAUAUCACCCCAGUUACAUCAAAUAACAAGAGACAGCCAUACUCCUGACCACUUGCAUGGUAGUAGAAGGCUUAACGCCAAUACAUGGAGAUCAGAGGCACACUACAUUUACAGGCAGCAGAAGCACAUGUAUUUGCAUGAAGACAAGUCCAAAGUCAUGUCCCUGCUGGAACAAGACCAGCUAGAGAAGGAAAUGGAUGCUGUUGCACAAAGGAUACUGCAAAAUGCAUUUUCAGAAAAUACAGAAGAGAUGAUGUAUAAGCUAAAAAGGGCUUCUGAUAGCUUGUUUGAUGAGAAUGAAGAUGAUGGUUUACGUAUAGAUGGUGUUCAGUUUGAGCUCAAAGAUGACAGUUCCAGGCUGUACUGGACUCCAGCACCACCAAAGAUGGGUCUUGCUCCAGAAACUAUAAGAAACUUUUUAUAUCCAGAAUAUCAAGGUUCUGCGAUGUUACAGGAAAGUUUAGGUCCUGAUAAUGUAGCACUGACUGCUAUUAUGGAGAGUGAAAACGAAGAAGAAGAAGAUGAUGAUUCAUUGAAACUAGAUGCCCAGCAGUUACGCAACAGGGUGGUGAAACGAAGAUAUAGUUCUGUGAAUGACUUGACGCAACAAUUAUUUAAAGAAGAGUCAGCAGUUAAACUAGCUGUUGGUGACACUGACAACAUUGUUGAUGAGGAUGAUUAUAAUGUAAUGGAGACUAAGGAUGAGAGCGCUAUAAACAUUGAAGAGUCAGCACGUAGGUUCCAGUCCAUGCUAGACAAGCGCCAUCAUCAGCUUAAAGAAGAAAAACAGAUAAAUGAGGAGCUGGGUUAUCAAGUUGAUGAAGAAGAAACUAGUGAACGUUACAGACGUGCUUAUUCUGAACCUAUGCUAACAUUUGAGAAAGAACAAAUCCAGUUGCCAUCUGAUUAUGAUGUCAGCAUGAAAGAGCUUGAGUAUCAGGUGGAUGCAGUGGCUGCCAUGAAACAGCAGCUACAAGAUGCUUCACAACAAGAAGAAAAAGAACAAGAAGAUGAUGAUUACCAAACAGAACAACAAGCUGUAACCAUGGAUCUCCAUAGUCAUGCUGUAGAGGAAUCUGAAAGUCAUCCUUAUGGAGAUGUACAAAGCACAGGUUAUGAAGGUGAAUCAGAAGAUCUGAAGACUGAAACAGAAACAAUGUCUGUCACUACAGUAACAAGUAGAGCUACAGGACUAUAUUCCAGGAAGUUACACAACAUGCCAAGAAUGAAACAUCAAAAGAAGCACAGAAGAAGGAAAACAAUCAGACAGCAGACUAUGAGAGGAAAGCGAAUCAAUCAGUUCUUGGCGCAGCCAGUCACACCUCUAUCACGUUCCAAGAGUUUCCAUUGUAUUCAGUCAGUCAAGAAGGAAAAUGAGAAAACUGUUUCCAUCAGUGACGAUUUAGAGAGGGCAAAGAGUCUUGAUGAUCUGCAGGGUUUUGAAGAUCGAUUUCUUGUUAAUCAGACAGAUAAUGAACCCAUUGACAACAUGUUUGAUUGGAUUAGAGAACAAUAUUGGUACAAAUGGUUUGAUGAAGUCUACCCACCAAGUACAACCUCACCAGAACUAAGAUAUGACUUGAUGAGCGUAACUACCCCAAUAAUCCCCAGUGAAAGUAAGGCUAGCGGAACAGUGAUUGACAGUGCUAUCCUGGAUACCAUACAAGUGAUUCAACCUGAAAUAAGUGAGACAGAUAAUGAGCUUUAUGAGGCUCUUCAACAAGAAACAGAAAAACUUUCUUCUUUGAUCGAGCAAACAGAAAAGAAUGAAAUGCUAGCUUUCUAUCUCUGUCGGCGGGGUGCCAUCUACAGAAAGAUUGGUCAGCUGAAGAAGGCUUGGGAUGACCUGAACAGAGCGAUUGAAUUAGAGAACAUGUUACUGGAUGCUUACUGGCAUCGACACCUGCUGCAUCUGAUACAAAACAAUAGGAAGGCUGCACUGGAUGAUUUGACAUUUAUCAUCAAAUAUAACAGUAACCAAGCACGGGCAUACAGAUCAAGGGCCGAGUUGUAUCGUCAAGACGGAGACGCAACAAUGGCCAUCGUCAACUACUCACAGGCCAUCAAGUUGAAUCCUAAUGAUGUAGAAACCUACUACCAGCGAGCUGAUAUGUUCAAGAUGAGAGGUGAUGUACUACUCGCAUUAGAAGACUACAAGAUAGCUGCACAAUUAUUACCAAGCAGAACUGAAGCUAUGUUUGAGAUUGGCAAGUUUCACUUCAAUAACGAGAACUGGUCUGGUGCGGUAAAUGAUUUCAAGGAAAUCUUACAACAAGAUCCACAAGACUCUGUUGCUUAUACGUACAGAGGCAGAGUGUAUGCUCAAAUGGGUCAGUUUAAUAACGCUAUACGAGACUUCUCAGCAGCAAUUCAUUACGACCCUAACAAUGCCUUGGCUUUGUAUCACAGAGGGUGUAUUCUUAGAAAAGUUCAUCCUCGACGUGCCUUGCAAGACCUCAGCGUUUCACUUCUACUUGACAGCAGCGAAAACAAUGUGAACGCGUUUUUACACCGUGGAAUCUUGUACACAGACAUGAAGAGAUGGGAAGAUGCUAUCCCCGACUUUGAAGCGGCUCUUGAGUUAAAUCCAGAACUGCCUUCUGCACAUGUUAAUAUCGGUCUUAUCUACAUCAUCAAGUACAACAACUACCAAAAGGCCGUGCGUCGAUAUACAGGAGCCAUCCAUGUAGAUCCAACAUACAUAAGAGCGCGGAUAUGUCGAGCAGAAGCCUACCAGAAAAUGGGCAUGUUGCAAGAAGCAAUACUGGAUUACACACGAGUUAUUCACAUGAGACCAGACGUACCUGACUAUCACAUGGCUCGUGGUAAGGUGUUAUUGGAGCAGAACAAGAUGGAUCUAGCAAGCUACCAUGUUAGACAAGCUGCCAAACUUAACCAGGGUCUUGGAGCGUCAGCCACGCAACAAGCUGUAGUGCAAAGCUUCCUCAAGAACUUCGAUCAGGCCAUUGAAGUACUCGAACGUGCUACCCGUGUCAAACCCACUGCGCAGUUGUUUGUUCUUCUUGGCAAGACCAACAUGAAGGCAAAAAGAUUUGCAAAUGCAAUCGAAAGCUUUCAGAAAGCGAUCCAAAUCAUGACACCCUGGAAUACUCGCUCUCCUUUGCCAUUGGAAGCUGCUCCUGUGUUCUUCUUGAUUGGCAUGUGUCACGUAGAGCUGAGUGAUUCGUCUAGUGCACUGGAUGCGUUUAAUGAUGCAAUAAGAGUCAACCCUGAGUAUGCUGAGGCCUUCUAUCAGAGAGGUUUAACCAAGAUGAAGUUAAGUCACUCCAAAGGAAUACACGACUUUAAUCGAGCUCUUGCUAUCAAUCCUACCCUUUUCCAGGCGUUCCUGAGUCGUGCUGCAUACUAUGGCAUGAGGAACCGAUACAGUAAGGGUAUCAUGAGCUGUAAUGAAGCUAUUAAACUACAGCCAGGAAGUGUACGAGCAUAUCUCUACAGGGGAGCAUUAAAGUAUCAUAUCAAAGCAUACAGCUUAGCUGUUAAAGACCUUACUGAAGCAGUAGCAAUAGAUUGUAGAUGCUCGCUGGCCUAUUUCAACCGCGCUGUUUGUUAUCAUGAGAUGAGAUACUUCCAAAAGGCAUUGAUGGACUACAGCACAGUCAUUUUGCUGGAAGAUAAGCCCAACAUCAAGGUACUACAGAACAGAGGUCUUCUCUACCUUGAGAUAAACGAUGUUGAGAAUUCACUGGAAGACUUCAAAGCUGCGGCAAAGGUUUCUGAAAAUGACCCAAAGAUUCGUCAUGCUCUUGGACUUUGCUACCACAGGCUUAACCGUCUUGAAGAGUCAGUGGCUGCAUUUAACGAUGCACUGCGCAUCGAUCCGUUCUUUGUGGAGGCUUAUAAUGGCAGAGGAAACGCCCUGAUGGACUUUGGCCACGAGCAGGGGAAUAUUUUUGGCAGACGAGAUUACCUCAAAGCGUUGCAUAUUGACCCACAAUGCCUAUCGGCACGUGUAAACUUGGCCUAUAAUCUACAGGUAGAAGGCAAAUAUCGGGACUCUUGGAACCAGUUUACCGCAGCUAUUACCAUGGAUGCCUCGUGUCAAGCUGCAUUAGAAGGACGUGCUGUGGUCAACUUGCAAAUGAAAAACACGUUUGGUGCGUUGCUAGACAUGAAUGCGGCCAUCAAAAUCUCCAAAACUGCAGAGCUGCUUAACAACAGGGGUGUUGUUCAUCAGUUCAUGGACGAUUACGUGAAUGCUAUACAUGACUAUCAGUCUGCCAUCAAGCAAGAUCCUUCCUACGCCUUGGCGUAUUAUAACGCUGGUAAUGUGUACUUCAAGCAGAGACAGUUUAAACAGGCAUCCAGCUAUUAUAGUAAAGCGUUGUCAUGGACACCAGAUGACGAGUCAGCUGUUCUUAACAGGGCAAUAACAAGGGUUCUUCUUCGUGAUGCUAAGGGAGCCAUACAAGACUUUCACAAGGCUGUGGACUUGAACCCGUACGCGGCGCACGUGUAUUUUAACAGAGGAAACUUGUAUUCAUCCUUAAGGAAGUACAAGGAGGCUGAAGAGGACUAUACCAGAGCGCUCAGUCUACGUCCUGGUGAUGCUCUGGUUUACAAGAAACGCGCUGAUGUCUUGGGAAAGAUGUCGAAGAAGAACGAAGCAAUAGAAGACUACAAGAAAGCCAUCAUCAUUAAAACACGCGCUGCAACUGUAAGAAAAGGGUAACUGUCAUUUUGACAACCAUCUGAUAAAUCACGUGUUUAUUACAUUUAUUUAUGACGUCACUUUUUAUAUUUGUGAAUAACAAAACGAGUUUGACGAAAUUUUAAGAGUUUUUUAUUUAUUUCC